AUGUGGAUGAGCAUCCAACAGCCGAGAACGGAAGAGGCGUGCUGCGAUGCGGAUGCUCACAUGUCAGAACUCCUGAAGAAGGAGUUGGGGUCUCUGCGCGAAACGUUGAUGCGGGAGUUCCGUCAGAUGAUGAUGGAGCAGAUGCGCGACAUCCGGCUGUUGGUCAAGGACAUUGGCUCCGUAUGCCCAGAGGUAGUUCAGGCGGCACCUGACAUCUGCUCCUUCACGCUCGGUGAAGAGGAGACCUGGCUGUCGGACUCAUCAACGCACGUUGGGCAUCAGUUCGAAAUCGAUUCCGAGUAUGAUCACGUCGUCUGGUCGGAGGUUGAGGCGGGCUCUGCCGAGGCCGCUGAUGGCGGAGAUGGAGACCAAGAUGAGUUGAGCUUUGAGGAAAGCCUUUCGAGCUUUGAGAAAGUGGACGAGGUGAAACACACGCGGUGGGCUGGACCAUGGACGGUCUUCCAGGACAGCAACGUUUCUGCACCGGCUGAGGCAAGUGGACCAGUGACAUCGCUGCAUGGCCUCCCCGUUGUGCUACUUGCAGAAAUCCGGCGAUUUGCCUUGGCCGACGAUGAGUUCAAUGAAUUCGGCGGCGCCAGCCGGGUCAUGAGCGAGGCGACCGUUGCUGCCUUGAUACUCGACGAGCUCUGCACAAGCUGCUGCGGGGUCGUGCAGCCAGCUUUGGGGCAUGCCAACGUCGGGCAACUUUGUACCUUCACGAAGUGGUUCCAAGGGGCAGACCGCGGAAGCGCCGAAAACCAGGACAUUCUGCAGGAGAGCUGGCAGCGCUGGCACGAGAACAAGAGCCUGAAAGCGCUGGAGAGAUGUGAAAGAUUCUAA